UAGAGUCUGGUUCUUUAAAACUAUAUUGGUUUAUUACUGAAUAUAUAAUUAAGAAAAGUUUAUUUUCUAAUUAAUAAACUAAUGCAAAUAAUUUGCGACGGACUCAACGCAUUCUGUCAAAUAUGUCUCACUGUUGGAUAAAGGCCUCUUGCAAUCAAAACGUGUUAAUAUCAGAUCUGUUUCGAUUUUCCUCGAAUCGCGAGUAAACCUACUCAAGUCCGUCCGGAAUUUAAGGCGCUAAAUAAAAAGCGGGGGUGGCUCAACGGUUAUGGAACCGGAGAGUAACCAGACCAGGGACGAAACCAAAGAGGCAGAGCCGUUGGAGGACAAGGCCGCAGAGCAGACCCGGGGUGUUGGUACCAGCCUCGCCCCGCGGAGGGGGCUUAGAGAGCGCGGAGGCGGUCGUCCGAAGUCGGGACCCCGGGACACAAACGGAGCAGCGCCGAGAACCCCGAGCUCCGGCAGGGUUUUACGAGACCGGUCGACGCGGGCAGUGCCAGCCUGGCUGAAGGAUAGCAAGAGCGACGACGAAGGCGAGUCGAGCCCGGACACAGGUGCAGUGAAACGGAGGAAAGUUUCAUACAGCCGACGGAGGAAAUAUGCAGAAACUGCGAGUUCAUCAGACCCUCCCGGAGAGGUUGUAGGUGACAACGUCCAAGUCAGAGACUCAGGGGACCACAGGAAGCCUGCCACAGAUGCUCAAGUUCCCUCCUCUAGACGCACAUCAACCCAAACCCGUGCCAAGCCCCCGUCUACCAGGGGCUUGACCAAGCCCAUAUGUAAGAGUGAACCUGGCACAGAGAAUCAAGCUGCUGUGGAGGGAGUAUUAAAAGUAAAGGAGAAGAAUACCAACAAAAUUGAAAAGAAAGAGGAGGAAGGUGACUAUGUGGAUGAGUCAGUCCUGGAUGAUGAAGGCCUUCCAUUUCAGGAUGACCCAAAUGACCUUAACUACCAACUGCAGACUCAGAGUGGUGAAGAGGAAGAGGGCUUCAGCAGUGAUGAAGAUGUUCCCUUUAGAGAUGACUUGAAUGACCAGAGUUAUGACCCCAAGGCUGAAAGAGAUGUACCCAAAGCAAAGCGCCGCCCCCCCCCAAGACAGAAGGAAAAGAAGGAGAAAGCACUUGCUAAAGAAAAAGAAGUUGUAGAGAUAAAGACAGAAGAUUUAGAAAACCCAGAGAGCGUGGAGGAAGAGGUGAAACUGGAGGAGGAGACUGGCGAGGACCCAGAUGGGCCCAGGAAGAGAGGCCGGCGAAGGAAAGAUGACAAAACUCCACGGCUUCCAAAGAGAAGGAAGAAGCCCCCAGUGCAAUAUGUUCGCUGUGAGAUCGAAGGGUGUGGUACAGUCCUGGCCCAUCCCCGCUACCUACAGCACCAUAUUAAAUAUCAGCACUUACUGAAGAAGAAGUAUGUAUGUCCUCAUCCCUCUUGUGGAAGACUUUUCCGACUGCAGAAGCAACUACUGCGUCAUGCCAAGCACCACACUGACCAGAGGGACUACAUUUGUGAGUUUUGCGCUCGCGCUUUCAAGAGUUCCCACAACCUGGCUGUGCACCGCAUGAUCCACACAGGGGAGAAACCUCUUCAGUGUGAGAUCUGUGGCUUCACUUGUCGCCAGAAGGCCUCUCUCAACUGGCACAUGAAGAAGCAUGAUGCUGAUGCCACCUAUCAGUUUUCCUGCUCCAUCUGUGGCAAGAAGUUUGAGAAGAAAGACUGUGUGGUGGCUCAUAAAGCAAAGAGUCACCCAGAGGUACUGAUUGCUGAGGCCCUUGCAGCCAACGCUGGAGCCCUUAUUACAACCCCUGCCUCGCUGCUGGAACUGCAGGGAAACCCCAUGCAAGCAGAGGUUGGUAGCCUGGAAGUGGGCCAGGUAGUGCAGGCUGGGCAGGUUGCACAAUUGAGCCAAGUGGAGCAGGUUGGGAAACAGGUAAUGCAUGCUUCCCAGUCAUCCCAUAUUGGUCAAGUGGCCCAACAAGUGAGUCACCAGGUGGUGUUACUGGGACAAGACCAAAGCCUCCACACCAUGCAGGUGCCGGUGACCAUUGCCCUGUCCUCUAUUGAUCCUCCUUCACCUGCUGAAAACCAGCAGCAGACCCACCUCCAGCUCCAGAUGCCCUUCCAGUUUGUGCAGGCAGCUCAGCAGUCUCAACAGCAGCAGCCCCAAAUCCAGCAAUUGACCCUCCAUUCCAGCUCAGUUAUGACCCAGCAUCAACCACAGCUGCAGCAACUGCCCCUGCAGUCUUAUUCCCCCCAGCAGCAGCAGGGCCAGACACAAACUCAAAUCCUCCACAUGAGCUUCCAGCCUGUCAGCGAGUCACAGACCCAUAUUCAGCAGAUCCCCAUACUAGCAACACCUCAGCAGCUUCAGACCCUGCAGACUGCAACCUCGAGCCCAUCUCUCCUUUCAUUGUCCCAGCCGCAACCACAGGAUCCAAGCCCCAAUAAUGGGGAAAGCUAUGCUCUGGACACCUCUGUACUCUCUUCCUCCUCUCCGUCAGCUAACUCCCUUGCUCAGCAAACGGAAGCAGUAGGGGAAGGGGAUGUGGUCUGGGAUUAGGC